UCUCUAUAAAUAUUUCUCCAACCCUAUAUGCUUCUCCAUCCAAAACAUUCAUACAUAUGUACUUUGUUUCACCAUCUUCUCUCCCUUUAAAAAUAUCUCCUUUUAUAUAUACAAUACACCCAACUACGCAACCAAAACAUCAUGAAAGCCUUCAAGGUUUUGCUUGUUCUUUCCAUGGUAAUGGUUUUAGCCAUUACUCUCUCUGCAACUACGGACCAAGAAGAAUCCUUUUUGGACGAGGAAAUCAAAGAUACAGAUGAUGCAACCAAAAGCAUGCAAUCAGAUAAAACCACUUCUCUUAGGGGAAGAAGCCGCUUGCUUGCCUCUCGGGCCACUGUGACUACAUGCGACAAAUACCCUAGGGUUUGUCGGGCAUCGGGCAGCGCAGGGCCAGAUUGCUGCAAGAAGAAAUGUGUGGAUACGAACACUGACAGAGUAAACUGUGGCACGUGUGGGAAGAAAUGCAAGUACGGGGAGACAUGCUGCAAGGGCAAGUGUGUAAACCCUAGGUCUGACAAGAAAAACUGUGGGAGCUGCAACAACAAAUGCAAGAAAGGCAGUUCAUGUGUCUAUGGGAUGUGCAGCUAUGCAUGAAAUUCUUUAAGUUACCAUUUGAGGGACUUAAACAAUUAAUUAUUUUUUAUAAUUUGAUUUUUCUUUUAUUAUAAUGUAAUUAAGGAAUAAAUCAUUUGUAAGAGAAGGAGGAUCCAUCCUGGAUUCUAUAUUUCCUCUUAGGGUUAGGAUUGUUUCCUUGUUCUUGUGUGCUGUAUAAUUCUUUUAUGUUAAGAAAUAUUCUAGCUUGUACUCCAAGUUAUUGUUUUAAAAAAAGAGGUUUUUCAAAUUAAUGUAAGAUUACAUAUUAACU